AUGAAGGUUUUAUUUGCUUUGUUAAUGUUGACAUUAGUGACGCAAUCGCAGGGAGAAGUCAUAGUACGAAACGAUUUUGACACUCCAGGCGCAGAUGGGUCCUACCGAUGGGCGUUUCAGACAGAUGGUGGUAUAUACCACGAGCAGCGAGGGUCUCUCCAGCCAGCUGCCUCCGGAGUACCAGCUCUGGUUGUUGAAGGCCAGUACCAGUACACCGCUCCAGAUGGACAGUUGAUCCACGUAUUCUACCGAGCAGAUGAAAAUGGAUUCCAGCCAAAACUUAUUAAGCAAUAA